GUACAGCAAACACCACCCCGACCCAAGGUCUGAGAGGGUAGAGAAGCACGGACAGCCAGCGAGGACAGUAGUGCUUGCCGCAAGCGAUGGCAACCGAGUCAGGAUCUUCCUCACGAGUCCAGAAAACGACGUCAUCGGAUGGCGCGGUCGGUAGCGCCAGGACGACUAGAACCGACACGGGCGCCAGCAGCAGCGGUGCUGUGACGCUUGUAUCGAUGGACGGGGACGGCUUCGUAGUUGAGGCCUCGGCGAUCGAGGUCUCCAAGCUUCUCAAGGCCAUGGUGGAUGGGCCAACCGAGAAUGCUGCGAAGGAAAUCCCGCUCACGAACAUGCGCAGCAACGUCGUGGCAAAAGUGGUGGAGUUUUGCCAGCACCACCAGACGGACCCUAUGACCGACAUUCCGAAGCCUGUUCAGUUCGGCAAGACCGUGGGGGACCACGUUCAGGAGUGGUACUCCACGUUCGUCAAGGCCUUGAAGGACGAGAUGCUGUUCGAGAUGCUGCUGGCGGCAAACUACUUGGACCUUUCCCCGCUCUUGGAGCUCUGCGCCGCGACUGUGGGGCUCCGGGCUAUGAAUAAGACGCCAGAAGAGAUUCAGCGAGAGUUCAACAUCAAGGAGCCGUUUUCGCCGGAGGUGGAGCGGACACUACGCCAGGAAAACAAGUGGAGCACAGAGCCCCCAAUCGGCAGCUAAAUAGCUGACAAGGACGAGAGAAUACGACGAAAAGGGUCCUGAGUAGUAUCUGCUGAAAAUAUGAAAAGUGAUCAAUACGCCGGGGUGCAUCGUUGAGUAGCUUUGGUGAAAGCAUGUAGAUGCGCGUAGAUACAGCAGUGGAAGGGUUGUAGAUAUAUAUAUAUGUAUGACAUUGGCGUGUCGAACAAAGUGAAGUAUACUAAUGGAAUAGUGUGUAUUUUUGCAUUUUUUGCAACGGUCGCAGUCCGUCAUGCACUUUUCUCUAUCCUGCAAACUUGGAGCUCCGCUGCUGGCGUGUGUAGGGCGGGCGUCCUGCCUAGCCCGUUCAAGUCUGGCGGGAGGCAUUGAAAAAUAUAGGGAUGUUUGCACGGGGGUCCGAACAGCAGCAAGAGGGUCGAUUCGCAGCCUUGCCUAUCCCGACAUCAAGCACGUGGAUGGAAACCAAUGUAGAACCUUGAUAUUGUCGUGAGCACAAGACAUUACCAACAGGUUGGCCCGAUGAUAUUGUUUUGAAUAUGCUUCUUUUUUGCGCUUGCCUUUGCGGAGGAACAAAGUCUGGAGAAUUUGCCAGCGGGGUGGGGGUCGCGGGAGGUAGGAGUCUGGCGUCUCCUGCGGCAAGUGCAUCCGAUCGUGUCGCUGGUGUAACUUCGUGGUCCCGUGGGAAAACUCAGCAGCCCUGUUGAGGCUAACGGUUCGCGACGUUUGAGCUCAUUUUCAUAUCUUGCA